UCGCUAUUUUCCGAAGAUAAGGUUACAACACCUUUAUUAAAUGUAAAUUAUUUUGAUGUUAUGGAAUCAAAUAUUGGAAACCAUGGAUGUAUAUGAUACCAAUAGUAAAAUGGAAGAGGCAGGACAUUAUGAAGUAGCUGAUAUAGUAGCUGAUAUUACAGAUAAAGAAGAGACGAACAAUGAUAGAAUAGAAAAAGCAAAAGGUGAACAAGGUACCGGCAAGCAUGAAAUGAAUAAAAUCAUAUACAAAGAAAACACAGCAGGAACAAGCAAGUUUGAAACAAAAGAAAAUACAUCAGCAUAUGACAUAUCAGAAGAUAGUGACUACGAUACACUUAAUUUAGUGCCAUAUUCAGAGACUAAUAGUAGUUCUGAUGAAAUGCCAACAAAAACAAAGACGCGACGAAAAAGAUUUAAAGUGGAAAAGGCAAUGUGGUUUUCAGAGAAGAAUAGAAAUAAGCGAGAGAAAGGAAAGCGAUACUUUGAUAGAACUAAAGUAAACGGAAAGUGGUCUUACGACAUAGAAAGAGAGCCAAGAGAGAUCAAAGAAAGAUGCCAGUAUAGAGUUAGAAACGGAACUUUAAAAUGCAGUCAAAUAAGAGAACAACAAAGAAAAGACAUAUUCGAAUAUUUUGGAGUCUAUGUUGGGGAAAAAAAAGGUAUUCGUGGACAGUACUGUGAAGAGUGAAUUUAUUAAACGGGCAAGAGUUAGAAAAGUACCAGAACAAUCAAGGAGAAAUCAAACUUUGAAGUACCUACUAUUUAAAAACAGGCGAUCAGGAAAUAAAAGUUCGUAGAACAAAGUACUUAAACACAGUAGGUUUGGGUCGUUGGAAAAAUACGUUUUCAAAUUACGAAAAAGCUGAAGAUGUAGAAAAAACUGUAAAAAAAGACCAACUGUAUAUAGAAAUGAAAAACAAAAUAAAAAGAAACCAUUUUAAACAGAUAACAAGAGUUUCUUGAUUCAUUACCAACAAUGGAAUCUCAUUACUGCAUAUCCUCUUCAAGCAAAAAUUACCUAUUGCCCGAGUGGACCUCAAAAGAAAUGGUGUACUCAAAAAUAUUCACCCUUUAAGCACUACAUUCAAAAAAGCAUUUGAGUCAAAAAAUAUGUCAUUAUUCAGGCCAAAAAAGGAUGAAUGCGAAAUUUGUAAUAAAUUCAAGGAAGGCUACAUCACAGAGGAAGAAUAUAACAACCAUAUGACAAGAAAAAGGGAAGGUAGAAGCGAAAUGGAAAAAGAUAAAGAAAAUGAAAAAUUUGUCUAUACCGUCGAUCUUCAGGCUAAGGCUGGUAACCGUGACCCGUUAACCGGUUCCGUAGGACCAAAAACCGUUAAAGAACGUAACCGGUUUAACCGUAACAGGUUUAACCGGAACAGGUUUAACCGGAACAGGUUUAACCUGAACCGGUUUAUAACUGGUUUAACCGUAACCGUUUUAAACGCAACCGGUGUAACUCUAAUCGAACCGGUUAAACCUGUCACUUGUUGAGCCGUAACUGGUUUAACCGUAACCUAAACGGGUUUUAGCGAGACCGUGAACGUAAACGAACAAGUAUAGUUUGAGCUCUUAAUAGGGAUGCGCAUAUUUCUUAAAACGUCGAUACCGACAUCGAAUGAUAUACCAAAAACAAAGUAUCGAUGCCAUUAAAGUGAUCGAACUGAAAAAAAAAAACUAUAAUUAUAAACAUCGAUGUUUUUAAAACUUAUACAUUUAAA